CUCUUUCUGCUUAGCAAGACGAUGGACAGACGUGAAUUUGGCUGUGUCUCAUUAAUAUGUCCUGUUUUCAGGUGGGUGGAACACUAAAUUGAGCUAUGUGACUAAAAUGCACUAUGUAAAUAUGUUUGCAUGUACCGUGAUGAGACUGUUAAUAAUGUACGAGGAAUUAUACAGGUAUGUAUGUAAAGGGAGCAGUGCAACGCCAUCUUGUGCCAGUUAAGUCAUAUUGACCGGUAACGGAGGGACAUGAGUUUGGAGUCAAUAAAUUCAGCACAUGGUAUAUGCAAAAUACUUUUUUGCAGUCUAAUAGGAGAAACAAAGUUGUUUUAGGCUUCAAAUAUCUCCUAAGAGUGAUGCUUUUUUUCAUCAUCAUGCAUGGGUUCACUAUUUAAGACACACUCAUAAUCACUGUAAAGUUUAAGUGCCGAUGAUUUUGCGAUCGUUCAACGAAUUGUACUUGUAGAGCUACUAGAGCGAGAGAAAAAAACUGUGAAAAUUAGUUCAUGGACUUUUCAGUGUCAUCAGAUAAAGAACUUCACACAUUUUCAGCUGAUAGGUGAUCCAUGAUAUUUUGUUGCAAUUGAAAUGUGGUUAAAUGCCCAGGGUUUUUUCAGAGUCAGCUAGAAUCCUAUUGUGUUCGAAUCGAUGACCAAAACUUAAAAAAAAGUAAAAAAUCACAGCUUCAGUGACAUGCCAAAGUACUGACUGCAAGGUUUUGCUUAGUCUGAGCCUAAGAUGCUUGUAAUUACUGAGUUAAGAGAAGACUUUGAAUAAAAUCAUGAUAUUAAUUACCGCGGUAAGUGUUCAUCUUUUACAGAAUUUCCCCAACAAAAAUUGAGCAGCAUAAAUGGCCUGCCAUUUUGCAUGUUCAUAAUUAAGGGAUUUAACUACAAUAUGAAAGAAAAAGAACACCAUUUUCACCACAGGAACCGUAAAAUAUGCAUCUUUGAAAAAAGGGUUGAAAACAGAUGUUAAUAUUGUGUCCCUUCGUUACCGCUUGGCCUGGCCCUUCAGUACCUUCUCUAUCCAUUUCUGCUCCAUAUUUGUUCCAGCUCGUGGCUCCAGUCACUGCUACUUCCUGAAAGUACAGUAUGGGACGAGGGUCAAACAGGACUUGCGAAUGUUACCCGCGCGUCAAAAAAAAAUUGUGAUAGUCAUAUAAUAUGAUAGUGAUAAUUAAAUAAAAUAGUGAUAGUCAUAUAAUAUGAUAGUGAUAAUUAAAUAAAAUAGUGAUAGUGAUAUAAUACCAUAGUGAUAAUUAAAGGAAACUUCCGUUAACUUGGACAGCCCUAGUUUUAAUAUUUUUACUACGCACAGAAAAGAGAAAGACGUGUGUUCAUGUCUCACAUGAGGAUUGUGGAUGAUGGGCAAAAUUCCCCAAAAAGUGCAUCUUUCCUUUAAGGGCAGGAUAGUCGCUAUACUUGCUUUAAAGGCAAAACCUCUGUAGGUUUGUACAAACAUAGAGUAGAAACAUUACCUUAGUGGCCUCUGGGCUGGUGGUGCACACACGUACGUAGUGCAAGACAUUCAUCCGCUACACGGACCCAUAAUGUUCUUCCAAUCCCGGGCUGUGGCUAGCUGUCCAGUUCCUGGUUUGGGAGCGGGGUGCUUAGUCUGUUUCUGUUCCUCUCGAACGAAUGUUGGCACAGAGAUGGUAUUGGCAGCUCUCAAGGGCAAGGAGUUGAUGGCGUUCUUCUUGCUGUCAAGGGCUGCUGCCAGACUAUUGAGGACCUGAUUGUGUCUCCACGUGUUGCAGCACAAAACACUAGUUGUGUGUCAAAGUUGUUUCAUGAACAUAAACACAACAUGUCCAGUGUUAUGACAGUCAUGCUAUCUCCCUGGACUGGAAGUGGUCCCACACAGAACACAAAUCAGUAAAGGUGCAGCUGAGGAUGGAAGUUCAACCUGCCUUAGGAACUGCUAACAAGCUUCCUUAAUGCAAUAAUGCAGUCUGUUCUUUGCACCUCCAUCACAGUUUGGUUUGGCUCUGCUACCAAACCGGACAAGAGCACACUGUCCACAGAGAAAACCAUCAGGACCAGCCUGGGCAAUUGAUUAUCUGCAGCUUUCGUAUCUUCGAAUGAAACAAGCACCUGUUGCAAUUACUGAUAAUGACCACUGAGUGACGCUGUUACUUUGUGUAUUUAUCUUAUGUUCAUGUUCUUAUGUACUGUACUUUAAAAUUAAUAAAACAGUUUUACUUAACCUCAGUGACGGUGUCGGCUUGUAGUUUCUUAUCAAAUACAAAAUGUAUAACUCUAGAAGACAUUUCCAUUGCGGAAGCACAAGUUGAAUUACGGCCAUGACGCAGUCUGGCACUUUAAAUUCACCCUUGGUCCAAAUGUUUUACCCAAUGUACACACGUGCACAUUUUACAGUAACAUCCAGCAGGGCAUUGUGGCUCCGCUCCUCUCGUCUUCCUCCUCUUCAUCAAGGCGGGACGUCAGACUAACUCAACUUCAGGGGGACUGUUGUCGAUGCAAAAAUGUCCUUUUUGUACUCUCUUUUCAUCCUGGCACUUCAUGUGUUGGGCAUCCUGUUGGUGUUGCUGUUGGUAGCCUUCCUGGGCUACUGUGUGUACGUUAAAUAUGUGCACAUGAAGUAUGAUCACAUACCUGGACCACCGCGAGAAAGUUUUUUGUUUGGACAUUCCCCUACUUUGUUGAGGACGAUGGCAAAGGGAGGAAACGUGCACGACCUGUUUCUGGAAUGGGCAGAAGGUUAUGGAUCCGUGUACAGGAUGAAUAUCUUGCACUAUGCAAUUGUGUUCACCACCAGCCCAGAGGCCAUCAAGGAAGUCCUGAUGUCCUCAAAGUAUCCCAAAGACCUCUUCCUCCACAAACGACUCUUCAGCAUGUUUGGUCAAAGGUUCUUAGGUAAUGGGUUGGUAACGGCCAGGGACCAUGAACAGUGGUAUAAACAACGACGCAUCAUGGACCCCGCCUUCAGCAGCCUGUAUCUACGCAGUCUGAUGGGGACGUUCAACGAACGAGCUGAGGUGCUGACCACUAAAUUGUCGGAGGUCGCCGACAGAAAAGCGGAGGCCAACAUGCUGCAACUCGUCAACCGCGUCACCUUAGAUGUCAUCGCCAAGGUUGCCUUUGGUGUGGAUUUGGAGCUGCUGGAGAACACUUCACUCUUCCCCAAGGCCAUCGAGACGUGUCUGAAAGGGAUGGUGCACAACAUACGUAGCGCCUUCUUUCAGCUCUACCCCAAGAACUGGGCCUUUGUCAAGGAGGUGAGGGAAGCUUGCAAGCUGCUGCGCUCCACCGGCGCCCAGUGGAUCCACAACAGGAAGGUGGCCAUUGAGAGUGGCGGCGACGUGCCCAAAGACAUCCUCACACAAAUCAUCAAGGCAGCUGGCAAAGAGGAAAGCAUGACCAAAGAAGACGAAGAGUUCAUGCUGGACAAUUUUGUCACCUUCUUCAUCGCGGGACAGGAAACCACGGCUAACCAGCUGGCUUUCUGCAUCAUGGAGCUAGCUAGACAUCCUGACAUGCUGGACAAAGCCAAGAAGGAGGUGGACGACGUCAUUGGGAUGAAACGUGACAUUAGCUACGACGAUCUCGGCAAGCUAGUUUACCUUUCACAGGUUCUAAAAGAGACUUUAAGGUUGUACCCAACAGCUCCAGGAACAUCCCGUGAUCUCCCCAACAACAUGGUCAUCGACGGCGUUGACGUACCAGCAGGCGCCACUGCCAUCUUCAGCUCCUACGUUUCCAGCAGAAUGGCCAAGUUCUUCAAGGAUCCGCUGGAAUUUAACCCCGACCGCUUUCACCCCGAUGCUCCCAAGCCGUAUUACUGCUACUACCCCUUCUCCCUGGGCCCACGCUCCUGCCUCGGACAGAACUUUGCUCAGAUGGAGGCCAAAGUGGUGAUGGCCAAGAUUCUGCAGAGGUUUGACUUCACCCUGACACCCAACCAGAGCUUUGACAUCCUGGAUGUGGGCACCCUGAGGCCCAAGAGCGGGGUGGUGUGCUCCAUCAGGCACAGGAAGCACAGUGCAUGAAUACCUGCCUUAGAUUAGAGAUGAGAUUAAAUUACAGAUAUUACUAUAAACCACAGCGAGGUUCUCAAACGAGCAUACUGAGAUUUCAAGUACAUUGUAAGUGUACACUGAGAGACAAGAUGUAAAAAGCCUAUUAAAUCAAGUUUAUUAAAAGAAAUGUAUUUAAGAACAUGUUUAUUCUAAUCCUAUAAAAGGACACUUUAAAUUGAUAAUUAUUGUAUGUUUUUAUUUGUAAUUAAAUUAUUUUAUAUGUAUUUUUAGGUGGAAAUAUCCAUGCAUCCAUCUUCUUCCACUUAUCCGAGGUCGGGAAGCAGGGUCAGCAGCCUAAGCAGGCAAACCCAGCUUUCCCUCUCUCUGGCUACUUUGUCCAGCGCCUCCCGGCGGAUCCUGAGGUGUUCCCA